AUGGUGCCUGGGGUUAAGCGUAAUGACAAGAAUAAGGGGAAGAGUAAGCGAAAGAGUAAGGGAAAGAGUAAAGGAAAGAGCACGGAAACAAGCUUGUCUGCCCUGAUCCAGUCACUUCCUAAUAUUGAUCUGAAUCCUCUAUACAACAGAGCAACCACAAAUCUCUUAACUGAAGGCCCUAACAAACAGAUUGCGGUUAUAGCAGCAGUACGUUGCUUAGUUAAAUAUGAGUAUAAAGCUCCAGUAUACUAUAUGCUCUGUGACUCUGAUGAGAAUAGUUUUGUACUUACAGUGUUCGGCAUACAGAAGGAAGCAGUAAGCACUACUUUAUGCUGUUUAAUUAUUAAACAAGGAGAUCAGGUCACAGUAUUGGAGCCCAUUUGCAAAUUUAUUGAUUUUGAAUGGGAAGGAAAGCACUACCAAUUCAAGUCUGUGCGAGUUAAUCUUCUGGAACAAGUCCUUGUAAAUGGAAAUGACCUGCCUCCUAAUUCUGCCAUGCGUGAAACAAUAUCAUACCCGUAA